AUGGCGCAAGCGGGGGCGGAGGCGGACGCGAGCUGCCUCGAGAGCUUCGAGCUGUACGAGACCGACUCGAAAUUUUAUAUUCUCGGAACUAACACUGACAAAACAUUAUGGAGAUUACUCAAGAUUGAUAGAAUGGAGCCAUCAGAGCUCAACAUAGAUGAGGAUUCUACCAUGUACUCACACAGUGAAUAUCUUGAUCUACGAAAAACUCUAGAUGAAGACCAUAGGUCAACUGGUGGACUCAAUUUUGUUACAAAUUGUUGUGGAAUCAUUGGUUUCAUUAAGUUCCUUGGGCCUUAUUACAUGUUAAUUAUCACCGAGCAGAGAAAAAUUGGUGCUAUAUUUGGCCAUGCAGUUUACCAAGUUACCAAGACUGCGAUGAUCGAGUUAUCUAAUUCCAAAAUGAAGCCAACACUUCUAAAUUCCAACGAUGAGAACAGGUACAAGAAGCUCUUGCAGACAAUAGAUCUUAGGAAAGACUUCUUUUUCAGCCACUCGUACAAUAUCAUGAGAAGUCUCCAGAAGAAUUUUAAUGAUCCACAGAAAGGAUGGGACCUAUAUGACACAAUGUUUGUAUGGAAUGAAUUUCUAACACGAGGGGUUCGUAACAUUCUGGAAAGUACCUGCUGGACUGUUGCGUUAGUCUAUGGUUUCUUUAAACAGGAUAAAAUCAAAAUAUCUGGGAAGGACACUAUGUUGACUCUCAUUGCUAGACGAUCGAGGCAUUAUGCUGGAACCAGGUAUUUAAGGAGAGGUGUGAAUGAGGAGGGCAGAGUAGCAAAUGAUGUCGAGACUGAGCAACUUGUUUUUGAUGAUACACUUGGACCUGAGCAAAUAAGCUCUGUUGUGCAGAACAGGGGUUCUAUUCCUCUAUUCUGGUCCCAAGAGACAUCAAAGCUUAUUAUUAAGCCUGAUAUCAUAUUGCAUGAGAAGGACAAUAAUUAUGAAGCAACCAGGCUUCAUUUUGAAAAUCUUAGGAGGAGAUAUGGAGAUCCCAUCAUCAUCUUAAACUUGAUUAAGACACGCGAGAGGAGACCGCGGGAAUCCACACUUCGUCAAGAAUUUGACAAAGCAAUAAAGAUUAUAAAUAAUGGUCUACCAGUCGAAAAUCAUUUGAGGUUUUUACAUUGGGAUCUUAAUAAAAGCACUCGAAGCAAAAAUGCAAAUGCCCUCCAAGUACUUAUGAAAGUGGCAUUCGAAGCUUUGAACUUGACAGAAUUCUUUUAUUGUCAAGUUUCCUCAGCUCAAACACCCGGGAGCUCCCUUAAUUUACAUGCUCCAUUGAAUGGUUGUGGUUUUCGUGGAUGUGAUGACAAAAAUGACGGUGGCAACACAGACUGUAUCGAUAAUAAUGGUGACAUAUCCCAAGAAGAUACAUGUGGUAGUUCUGAUACCUCCACUAGUGGAAUUGCAGAAGAUGUAGCCACUAACAAUGGAUCUACAACAAUAAAGCCCCCCAAAUUACAAAAGGGUGUAUUGCGCACGAACUGUAUAGAUUGUUUGGACCGCACAAAUGUUGCCCAGUUUGCCUAUGGUUUAGCUUCUCUUGGACACCAGUUGCAUGCACUUGGUUCUGUAGAAUCUCCAGAGCUUGAUUUAGACUCCCCCUUGGCCCACCAUUUGAUGCACUUUUAUGAGCGGAUGGGUGACACACUUGCUUUGCAGUAUGGUGGUUCGGCUGCACACAACAAGAUAUUCUCUGCAAAGAGAGGGCACCUUAAGUUUGCUAUUCAGUCUCAAGAGUUCUUCAGGACACUACAGCGAUACUACAGUAAUGCAUAUAUGGAUGCUUACAAACAGGCAGCAAUAAAUUUAUUCUUGGGUUACCACCGACCGCAGCAGGAAAAAUUUGCACCUUGGGAAUCAGAGUCUGUUGCUGGGGAGAACGUCCUUGAUGACAAAACAAGUCAACUGAUAAAAAGGGCAAGAUCAGAUGGCAGCAUUCUUCGUAAAAGCAACACUUCUAUGUCCAGCAAUGGCCCAAAUGGAAUUUCAACACCAGGAUUUGAUGAUUUAAAAAAUGAGCUACAACCUCCUAACUGCCGGUCUGGUUCGGUGCAUGAUGCUGUGUCAAAAUUAAGGUAUACUCCAACAGUGCCUCAUACUAAGUAUACCAGUUGCGAGCUUGACUAUGGCAACUUUUCUGGGGAUUCAAAUUUCCUUGAUCUUGACUGGCUUUCAGCUUCAGACAAUGGAAGUUUGAGCAGAUCAAGAGCCGCAAGUACUCCUAAUGUGAAUGAUAAUGGUGCACGUGGUGUAACCCCUGGGAUAACGAAGGUCACCUGGCAGAGAUACACGCUCAAGGGUUAUCUCACAAUUUCCUGCAAUGGGUUGAUGAGGGAGAGGCUUUUUGGUACUGAUAUCAUAUCAUGUAUAGUCAAGCUACAGGAUGGCUCCCAACACUUUAUAAGGCUAUCACGAGGAGAAGCCAUUAGCAUAAUCACUGUGAUUUGUGAUCUCGCACUGUCACAGCCAUCCAACUAG